AAAAUUCAAAAAAAUUCACUUUACUCUCUAAAAUCCAAUGGAUCCAAAUUCUGACUCCCACUCGCAACAACAACAACAACAAACGCCUUCCACUCCCUCUCCUCCUCUGCCUUUCACCGCCACUCCCGCCGCAAGUCCCCCGCCGACUAAUGGAACCUCCGACUCUUCAGGAACUAAGCCUUCCACCGCCACUCCUGUCGCUAAUCCUCCGCCGACUAAUGGAACCUACGUUUGUUCAUAUGAUGGUACGUAUUUUAAGACUCGUGUUGUCAAUGUGGCUUCAGGAGAGGAUGUAUACCAGAAAAUAUUGGCAUUAAUACAACAAAAAAAAAGGGCGUUAUGCAUCUUAUGGGCUCAGGGUUUUACAUCUAGUGCAUCUCUACAACCACCAACCACAUUUGGAAAAAAUGGAUGUCAAAUUCUUUCGUUAACCGGCUCUUUUGUCCGCCCACAUUCUGGAGAGUUAAUGGGAGGUCUUAGUGCAUCCCUCCUUGACACAGAUGGACAGAUUGUUGGAGGCCGCUUAGUUGGUCCUCUGAUUGCUGCAGGCCCUGUUGAGGUCUUAGUUGGUACCUUUUUCAUCAAACCUAAUAAAGAUGCUAGUGCUGGUGUCCAAAAACAUGCUUCUACAAGUUCUAUACCAAAAAAUUGAUGCAAUUCGCAGGAAAUACAAAUUACAGUUCAGAUGAUUCAUCUUCAGAUAGUGAUUAUGAUGUCGACGGUUUUGAUUAGGGCAAAUAACUUUGUUUUCACUACGUCACAUUUUUUGGGCUAUUUUUUUAGUGUUUUUGAGCGAAUCAUAAAUUCCAUAAGCAAAUUAGGUAGACAAAUUAUUACACGGGGUUCCACUGUUAAUUAAUCUGGGCUUUUUCUUGUUCUUGAGUUUGUUUGAUUAGUUAGAUAUAUAGUACUUUUGUUCUUGUUCAUAUGAACUCCAAGAGAAGAUAAUAUACUUGUACAGUACAGAUAACUAAUAAUGUGAUCACAAUGAUCCAUUUUCUUUUUCCACAUCUAUUUGUACAAUAUAUUCACCAAAAUCGUCUUAUCUCUUCUCCUAGUAGAAAAGAGCA